AUGAGCUAGAUAUGUUGUUAAAANUUUCAUUCAUGCUUAACUUAUAAUGGUGAAUAUAAAAAAGGUAAAAAAAUAGGUUUUUGGAAGAGUUUUUGGAAUGAAGGAUCAUAAAUGUAAAAUAUAAAGCAUCAUAUAUAUUUUUUUAGUGGUGGUGGUUUAUAUGAUGAAGGAGGUAAAGAACUUAAAAUUGGAAACUGGAUUGAUGUCAGUGAUGGAUUUUCUGAUAGAUCACUAAUAACUUUUGAUGGUGAAUAUAAAAAUGGUUAAAAAGUUGGUAGAUGGGUUACAUUGUUUAAUUUGGAUGGAAACAAUAAAUAGAUGUAAAUUAUUAUUCAUAAAUCAACAUUUAUGGUUAGUGGUGGUGGAGAAUUUGAUGAACUACAUGGAGUAAAAAUUGGAAAUUGGAUUGAUAUAAGUGAGGGAUUUUAUCAAUUUUCAUAAGUAACUUUUAAUGGAGAAUAUAAAAAUGGUAAGAAAGUUGGUAGAUGGAAUAUUUAUUAUAACAAUAUUUUGAUGUAACAUUAGAAUUCUACACUAUUAUAGUGGUGGCGGAUUAUAUGAUGAAGGGAAUCAAGAAACUAAGAUUGGAAAUUGGAUUGAGAUUAGUAGUGAAUUUUCUGAUUGGUCUUAAGUAACUUUUGAAGGAAAUUAUAACAAUGGUCAAAAAUUUGGUAAAUGGAAUAUUUGGUUUAGGAAUUGUAAUACGUAAGAAUAAAAAUUGAUGUAAGCUUGAAAUAUUAUUUCAAUUUUUAGAGGAGGUGGAUCAUACGAUGAAGGUGAUUAAGCACUUAAAGUUGGAAAUUGGAUUGAAAUUAUUGAUGGAUUUAAAAGUGAAACAUAAGUAACAUAUAGGGGUGAAUAUCAAAACGGUAUCAAAAUAGGAAAAUGGGAAAUUUGGGGAAGGAAUAAUUUUGAUAAUCCAAAUACUGAAAACAUGUAAAAAUUAUAAAAUUUAUCCAUUUUAUUAGUGGUGGUGGAUUAUAUAAUUAAGGUGAAAAAGUUGGAAAUUGGAUUGAAAUAAAUGAUGGAUUUCUCUAUCUUUCUGACAUAAUCUACAAUGGUAAUUAUAAAAAUGGUUAAAAAAUUGGUAUUUGGGAGAAAUUGGACGUUUAUAACAAAGAAAAGCUUAAUGAAGUUUAUUAUGAUCAUUGA